AUGGGGGCAACCUUUUUUCACCAUUCCAUCCUCGAGGUCCGGCUACCAAAGCACUUUGAUAAGCCGACAGAUAUGAGGUAUGAUGGAACUCAAGAUCCACAGGAACAUCUGACGGCCUUCGAGGCCAGAAUGAAUUUGGAAGGGGUAGACAACGAGGUCAGGUGCCGCGCCUUCCCGGUCACCCUGGCGGGACCUGCAAUACGGUGGUUUAACAACCUUCUGCAGGGCUCGGUGGCUAGGUUUUUGGACAUUAGCUGCGCUUUCCUAGCCCAAUUCACUACCCGAAUCGCGAAGGCGAAACACCCGAUAAACUUACUAUGGGUGACACAAAGGCACGAUGAGCUGACUAGAAAAUACUUGGACCGAUUUAAGGAUGAGUGUUUGGAAAUAGAUGGCCUAACUGAUUCGGUUGCCAGCCUGUGUCUGACGAACGAACUUCUGAAUGAGGAUUUUAGGAAGCACCUCACCACGAAGCCGGUGUGGAGAAUGCAGGAGAUCCAAAGUGUAGCUAGGGAAUACAUUAACGAUGAAGAAGUCAGCCAGGUCGUGGCUGCCAACAAGCGGCAGCCCUCCUACAAUCAAACCCAACAACACGAUAGCGGAGAAAGAUAG